CAGCAGCAAGAAAGAGGAAGAAUUCCAACAGAGAAUGGAAAAACUAGAACAGAAGAUGAAAAUAUUGAUGAUGUGGCCCAUUAAGGGAAGCAAAAGUGUUCUUUUGAGUCCAUCUGAUCAUGAUAAGUUUUUCGAUGAAAAAUUGAAGGAGGUCGAGUCUGAAGUGACGAACUUUGAGCCACGUUUGAGGAAAAAGAAUCUUGACACUGCAGAAAUAAAGGACUUGUGUUCUGAGCGAGAUGACCUCGAGACAAAGGUGUACGGUGUUGUAAGUCUCGGUCAUGCAAUGAUAGAAGACAAACUGAUCAACAAGAACAAAGAAAAACACUACCAACAGAGAAUCGAUGCCAUUGAUCGAAAAAUGAAGAUGUUGAUGAGCUGGCCAAUCAGGAAGCUGAGCGGCAAUGAGGACUAUGACAAGUACUUUGAUGACAAGUUGAAGAAAGUCGAGAGAAGUGUAGCUGACAUCGAACCUCGUAUCAGAUAUUCAGCCAACGAAGAGGACAAGGAGUUGGUGAAGGAGUGUGAAGACAUUGAUGUGCAGAUAUAUGGCACUGUCAGCCUUGGUCGUGCUAUGAUGGAAGAUGCGCUGUUCAGUAGCAAGAAACAGCAGGAAUUCAAGGAAAGAAUGGAAGAGUUAGAGUACAAAAUGAAGAUAAUGUGGCAGCUUGGAGGCGCGAGCAGGAAACCCAAGUCAGAACGCUGUAUUGGGUUUGAUGACAAUCUAAGACAAAUUGAAAUGAUUGUUUGUGAGUUCGAAGAGCGUGCCAAGGUGAAAGACCGUGAGAGUGUUGAUCUGAGAUCAGCCAAGGAAAGCCUCGAUGAACUCAAGUUGUUAGUGCUUGAGCGAGAUCAGAUCGAACUCGAUGUGUUUGGGUUGCUCAACGAAGGACAAAAAGUCAUUGAAGAAGAAGACUUUGAUCAGCUGGACAAGGACUACUAUCAAGGAAGAAUGGACAGAUUAGAAGAGAGGGUUCAUGUCCUCAGAGAAUGGUUGCAGAAAGAACUUCAGAGGCUGUUCAACAUCUAUAUCAUACUGAUCAAGCAACAUCUUGAAAGACUUCAUGACUGGCUGAUUCGUGCGGAAGCCAGGAUAGACCUCGAGGAUGACAUUGCACCCACAAGAGAUGGCGUGUCAAAGCAGCACAAUGACCAUCUGGAAUUCCAUAAGGAAGUGGGUGCGUACUCUACGAUUAACAUGAUACUAGACAUUGAUAUAGAUGAUCCUGUGAUAGACGAUAGAUUGAGGGAGGACAUUAAGAAUACGAGUGAAAGAUGGGCCGCUGUAUGGAACUGGAGUGAGGAAAGAAAGAAACGCUUGGCGGAUGUCAUUAACGACUGGGAUAACUUCCGCGAACAGGAAAGGCGAUUGUUUGAUUGGCUGUGUGAUAAGGAGGAUGCGAUGAGACUGAUCGAGACUACAGAUAUCUCAGAUGCCRAAGAAGUGGAAUCCCAUGAAAAUCUACUACAGAGCAUCAUCCAAGAGAUGGAGUCACAAGAGGAGCGCCUACACGUUUUCCAAGAAUCUGGAGAAAUUUUGAUCGCUAAUGCGCAGUACCACAACCAGAUGGCCAAACCGAUACGAGAUGAGAUAAAUGACUUUGAAGAGUGUUGGAAAGCAACAUUGAACAGAGCGCAACAUCGUCGAUCAGAGUUGAAAGAUUCAAGAGAGAAGUUUUUGGAAAUGGCCGAGUUGAAGAAAGAGAUCAAAGAAUGGCUGAAUGAAGCUGAGAAGUUGUUGUCUAGAGCCAAUGAUGAGAGAGACGAAACAGAAGAAGAAAACUACUUGGACAAAAUACGGGUUAAAUGCCAGGAACGUGAUGCCAAGCAACGCUACAUGGACCAGAUCAACACUUUGACUAAGCAGCUACACCCAGCCAUUGAAGAAGACUCUGCACAUGACAUCAACUAUGUUGUUAAAACUCUCAAUCGACGAUGGCAAGACACAAGUGAUAAACUGGACCAGUGUAGAGACCUUGAAAGACCUUCAUUCCAUGAGGAUUGUUGGYUGGUGRCGUACAUCAAAAAUAGUUUGACUGUAAACAAAAGAGCCAGAGAAGUGCACUUCAAAUAACCUGCUUUGAAAACCUCUUGGUUUACUGGUCAAACAUGUAAAGCACUCAAGUGAGGCACCAAGGUAYUUUCAAAGGGUUAUUCAAAUUUGAACCUUGCAGCCUCAAUUGAAUGCUUUGUAUUUGACCAGUAAACCCAUGUAUGGAAAAUGAUGAAUAGUCUUUUUAUAUAAUUGUUUUGUCUUUAAACAACAAAGGUGGAUGUAAAGACGCCUUAACUUGUGAUGAAAAAAAAAAUGAUGAACAUAAAAUGAAACUGAAAAUAAAAUGUAUGUGAAAAUAAUAAGUCUCAAGGAAAGUAUUAAUUCCUUUACAUUAACAACUCCAAAAUAUAAUCUCUAUAAGAAUCUUUGGGACUUUGCACCAUCACAUGAUGGCAACAAUAUAAUCAUUUUUCCCAGGGAACUGAAUUAUUUCUCGUGUAAAUUAGAUUAAACCAGAUUCUAUUGUUCCUCCUGUAA